AUGCCCGCCGGGAAGUACAACAGAGAUGUCAGGGUAGGGCACGGAGUCCCUGCUGUUCCGGUGAUUAACUAUGUGCGCACCGAGAUCAAGAAAGCAGCUGAUGAGAGCCAGUCUAUUCUGGAGGAAACACCGGUUGGAAAAGGCAAUGAUGAUGGUCCACUACGAGCAUUCCUCAAGCGUCAGGCCAGGAAGUUAAGGCGGUUAUCGAAUCUUCUCGGUUGCCGUGAUCCCGAAAUUGAUGAACCAUCUGCCUCUAGGUCUGGUACACCAUCAGACCCCUCAUCUCACCAUCAGAGGGACGAUGUGAGUUCCUCAUAUUCUUAUCAGGAUGAUGAGGGUGCGGUCACCCAAGAGGGCGAUGAGCUUGAUGAUGACAUGACUUUGGCGGACGCUCAACUUCGGUCCCCAUAUGUGUUCAAGCCUAGGCAGCCCAGACGCCGGUACACGCCCAACGACUUUGAAAACAGAGGCAACCCAAAGGUGGUCGUAGGGACCUCGCGGAUGGCUAGCUUGGAUCAUGAGGCGGAGGCGGAGGCGGAGGAGGAAGUGCAGGAAGAGGAGGCUCGUCCAUCCAGGAAGAAGAAGAUUGCCUGCAGGCGUGGCACCAGGAACACACGCGGCGGAAGGCAUUAG